GGGCCAGCGAUAUUAUUUGUGAUUGCCUCAUGAAUUCCUUUACAAAACUAUGAAUUAGUUUCUUUAUUUUCAAAUGUUGUGGAUUACGAUAUUACGAAGAUUGGAGUCUUGACAUUUUACAGAACUUUGAGUAGAUACUAAUGGCUUUGGUGACUAUCCAAAGGUCUCCUAGUCCAAGCAACGACCCAGAAGCUGAUACUGUCGAUGGAGUUGAAGAAAGCGGAAGUAGUAGAUCACCUCUCCGACAGAGAAGGUUAUCUAAUGUGGAAUAGAAACCGACGUCGAUCUAGCAGCACCCUGUUGACACUGCGCAGGGGAAGAUCCAGUUCAGCUCUCAAACGACUGAGGAAGUUUUUCAACACUGUUCGAUUUAUUACAAAACUUCGACCUUGUUUGAGUGAAAGUUACUUUACAGUUAAAGGGGCUGCUUUAAUACUACCACAAAAUGAAUGUAGUCGCAGAACUUCGAAGAAGAACCAUGGAGGAGAUAUGCAGCAUCAUCUUCAGGCCAUGUUGCAUCUUCUACGACCCGAAGAUAAAAUGAAGAUGGCUGUAAAACUAGAGAAUGCUGUAGCGUCGUUGAAUCAUCGUUACUUAGCGUUAGUAUCUACGAUAGGUAGAGAAGAUGGAGAAGAGUUUGUUAUAUUAGGUAUUGAUUGUAAAGAUACAGCCACGAUAGGAUUGGUUAUACCUAUAUUAUCUGGUACCAAAAUUAGACUCGAUGGAGAUGGUGGUUUUAGUGUUCAAACAUAUGAAGGUGUUUAUCUGUUUAAGCCUGUUUCCGUUCAAGUUAUGUGGUCAGCAUUACAGAGUUUAAAUAAAGCUGUUAGUAUAUCAGAUACAGGAAUGUAUACAACGGAAGGUUUAUCACAUACAUGGAUCUCGUAUUACGUAUCAAAAAUAGAUACAUCAGAUCAAGAUAGAUUUAGUCAAUGGCAUACAAUGGAAGGUGUUCUGGUGGAUAUUUCAGCUCUAGUUCCAUCCUAUGUUGAUGAUAAUGAGGAGAUCUGUAAUAUUAAAAAGAAUAUAACAAAGACGUUAUGUCAGAUAAUGAUGUCCGUUGAUUUAGACGAGGCUACCUGUGUAUCGUUAAGAAAUGCAACUGCUGCCAAACUUGAAAUGGAUCUCAAGCCUUAUAAAGAAUUUUUUGAUGCUGAAGUUAUGAGAAUUCUUGGUCAAAUGGAUGGUGCCUCCAAGAUAACAGAUCUUGUGUAUUUAGGAUCCGAAUGGAAUGCUGCAAAUGCUGCUGAACUUCAAGAAAUAGGAAUUGGUUUUAUAUUAAAUGUGACGUUAGAGAUAGAUAAUUUUUUUCAAGGAAUGUUUAAAUAUAAAAAUAUUCGACUACCUGAUGUACCUGAAUCAGAUUUAUUAAGACACUGGGAUAAAACUUACGAUUUUAUAGAUAAAGCCAGGAAAGAAAAUUCUAAAGUUUUGAUUCAUUGUAAAAUGGGUAUAAGUCGGUCUUCGGCUACAACGAUGGCGUUUUUGAUGAAAGAUAAUAAAUGGUCGUUCGAGGAGGCGUAUAAAUACGUUCAAGAAAGAAGAAAUUGUGUUAAUCCUAACGAAGGAUUUAGGGAACAACUAAAGACAUAUGAGGGAAUUUUAAAAGCUAGUAACCAAAGACAAAUAUUUCAUCAUAUGUCAAUGAGAGCUAAUCAAUCAAGAAGUCAAUCCGAGGACACCGAAGAUGAACAGGAUUUUUUAGAGAACGGGGCUUAUGUGGGGAUUGAGCCCUCUGAACUACCCCUACGUAAGCCCAAUAUAUCGUUACAAGAGUCUGAAUAUAUAGCACAGUUUCCCAUAGGUGUCAGUAUUCCUAUCGAACCAGAUCUAGAAACAGGAUCACGAAGUGCCGAUUCUAUGGAAGAGUCCCUACCAGACAUGCACUCUCCUACUCCCUUAAACGAGAACGUCACCAAAACGGGGAGUUAUCACUUCAAUAUACGACAUUCAAACCUCGUCAGUGGAGAGGUAGCUGGUGCCGACUUGCCUUAUGAUACUUCGUCAGAAUACAGUGAGGACGACGAAGGCAUCAAUAUACUCGGUCGGGAAUCAAGAUCAACUCUACUGAUGAGUUCCUCCGUGCCUUCAGGACCAAGUGCUUUUAAGGAUGACUUUUCGUGGAUUAAAUCCAAUCUUUCAGACGGUGAAAAUUCUCCGUCCGUUGACCAAUCUGCUGUGGCCCCUAAUCUUAUUAUUGCCUCUGAUUUCAACUAUCUCCCACCGCCAGAUCUUAACACCAACUCCAAAAACCUGGAAACAGGUCUAGAAAAUCAGCUUCUGACCAACGAAGAAAUGAACAUGGACAUGCCUUCGACAAAAGCCUCGACAAUGUACGAUACUGGAAUUAAAGAUUAUUAUAUGAAAGAGGCUAUACCUUGGAAUUCAGGAAAAGUUCAACAAAUCCGAGCGGGUCUCGUUAACACAAAUUUAAAGGACAGUCUGAUGGCUUCACCCUCAACUGAUAACGCAUUCGACAAUGACCCGAUGAAUAAUCCUAAAACUAAAAUGGUUAAGGAAGAACUUUCUAUAUCACCCAGUGUCGAAUUAACCGAACUUCAUGCCAAAGUUAACGAGAGGGGGACUCUAGGAAUGAAGUGUUCACACAGUUGUUCAGAGUUGAUGUCUAUGGAUAGCGAGACUGAACGACCGUCGAAACGUCAAUGCCCUGUGUCUUUGUAUGAGAUUGAACAGAUACCACUACCCGAGGGUAUUGUCAGAAAGACCAUGUUAGAAAUAGAGAGUAAAGCCAGAUCUAUUCCUCCUGAUCUCGAAGAAUUUGUCAAACCGAUUCAAAGAUCAUCAAGUUUAAAAGAGGCCACUGAAAAAGCAAAGGCAAAGAGAGCAGAGAGAAGGAAAACUUGUUCUCCGAUAGUAUCACCAUCAAUUCCGUCCGGACAAUCGCUGCCUUCUGCUGAUUAUGAUGAUAAUUCUGACACGUGCCCUACUCCCCGACCCCUUGUGAUAUUAGAAGGUACUAAACCUGUUUCUAGUCCAGAAUGCGAUACGCCUGAAGUUGUCAUCACCGGCGUGACAACAGAUGAAUCUACAGAUGCAGAUGUGGAAGAUAUAAAAGUGUAUAAAUAUGGAAGUGAAGUUGUUCCGUUAAAGAGUGGCAUCGUUCAAAAACACAAAAAAGAAUUUGAAACCAUGGUAACAUCAGACAGUAAUGAAUCUGAUAUAGGUAGUACCGAGUGUAAAGAUAUCACAUCCGUUACUGCAAGUACUACUUCACACAUUCCAGUUACGCAGCAAAAAGACAAUGUGGGUCAAAAGGUCACAAACGAUGCAAAAAUUUGUGAAUCUCAUGUAAGUGUUGCUCAUCAUCCAAUCCGAUUAAAAAAGGAAAAAUGUCCGUACAACGAAGAAGUGAUGAAUUACAUUCACGACAUGGGCUCCAUGCUGAGCCAUAGAACUUCGGAAGACGAGAUGGACACUAACGACACCUCAAGUGCUGUUUUUAACGUGGUGCGAGAUUUCGAACGGAAAACAAAACCAGAGAAAAAACAUGAGAAAAAGAUUGUGAUAAUUGACAGUGACGGUAAAAAAUAUAAAAAUCAGCAGAAAUCAACAACGUGUUCAAAUGAAACAGUUCAAACCUCUUCAGCAAAAACAGGAUCUCCACAAAAAUCAAAAUUUACGAUAGAAUCCAGUUCUGUGACGGAACUAACGGAUCGAUCUAUACUUAAUCUAGAUCUAAAUAGUGAAACUGCCCAUGACAUGCACACUUCAGUUACAAGUCCUGUAACUCCUAUAACAGAAACAGGCCACAGCAGCACCAGAUGUACGCCGCAAGACCACGAUCAUUCUGUUGUUAAGCAUCUACUGUAUCGCUUCGAGGCUCCGAAAGAUACUAGCCAAGUCUCCGAGGAUAACAAAUCGACUCCUUUACAGAAACCUGACCCUGUGAAGCAGCCGGAGAUUGUUGAACGACAUACUUUAUUAGAUGAAGUUAUCGACGAAUCUGAAGAAGAUAGUCAUUUAUCUCCGGAAUAUGUUCAAAUGAGGAACAAACUGGUUCCUGUUGAUCCCGGUUUUACGCAAAGAACGCGACCAAACUCUUCAGAUGUGGCCCUUCGACAGGCCUUACGGACAAAAUCUGUGAGCGACACAGCUCCUACUUUUACUUCUCGUAAUGUGAACUUUACAGCGAGUGGAGAGUCGCGAUCGGUGAGACGAGUUCAGCACGGUGCUAGCCAUCCAUUAGCAAGACUUGGUGCCAAUCCUUUUUAUAACACAAUGUAAAAUAUCGGUGUAGAUUCUUGUUAUUGUUUAUGUUCCUUUACGCUAGGAUCCCACUGUCAUGCGAUGCAUUACAAAAGUCGAUAGGAUUGUCCCUAUUGAGUCCACGAUCUGGUACCUGCAGAUACGUUCGGAUACGUUUUGAUAUGAUCAACACGAUUACUACGAAUGACCUCAAUAUAUGAUUAGACUUGAUAGGAUCACCACGAUUACUCCAUGAUUAAAACCACGAUUUCAAUCGUAGCGUGAAUCAUGAUAGUGGGAACCUAGCAUUAGCAAGAAUUGUUUUUGUAGACUCUUGUCUUUGUUUCGUGUAAUAAUUCAUGCGUGUACAACAACAACGUUACAUUAUGUAAUUGUGUACAACAACAACGUUACAUUAUGUAAAUGUGUACAACAACAACGUUACAUUAUGUAAUUGUGUACAACAACAACAACAACAUUACAUUAUGUAAAUGGGUACGACAACAACAACAUUACAUUAUGUAAAUGGGUACACCAACAAUGUUGCGUUAUGUAAAUUUUAUUCUUGUUUUAAACCCAGACGAAUAUUGAGCACCCGUUCAACAUAGAUGGAUUAUGAAAGUUUCUGUUAUUUAUUCGAAAUGAGCUUUUUAAGUUAUUUAUUCGUAAAAAAUAAUUUAUUAACUAAAUCAACCAACAUCUAUUCUAGGAUGUUAAGUUUAACCCUGAAGCCAAAAAGCAUUCAGGAUUUCGACCCUUAGUGUUCGUAAAAUGAUCAUUAGGUCUAAAAUGUGUCAAAACCUAAAUGAAACCGCCGAAAACAAUUAGUUAUUUAUUUGCAACUUUUUUUUUUAUUGUCUUUAACCCUUCUAUUCUGUGAUGUGUUCUUAACCUGAUGUUAAAAAGCAUUCAAACUUUUGAUCCAAAGUGUUCGCAAAAUCAUCGUUAGGUUUAAUUACAUAUAUGUGUCAAAAACCCAAGUGAAAAAUAAUUUAUAAAUCAAUCUGAUUAAAAUACAGGUCUUUAUUCUAUAACUACAUGCAAAUACAAGCAAAUAUCAUUGAAUACGGCCAUUGAAUACAGCCAUUGAAUAACCUAUAGUUGUAUUCAAUGGCCAUUGAAUAACCUAUAGUUGUAUUCAAUGGCUUGAAAACGUACUACUUUUGUCCAUAAUGACGUCACUUACAGAACUACGUCAAACUGUAAUGACGUCACAACUAGGCAACCACAAUUUUUCUAAAAAAGAAAGAAAAAAGGGCGGAACCUAUGAUGAAUUUUAAAGUUAGUGGUGAUGAUUUUUUAUGAUAAUCUAGAUAGUACAGUGUAUUUUAAGAUUUGCGUGUAAAUAAAAACAGAACGCAAUGACCAUUGAAUACCGCUCGCUAUCGCUCGUGGAAUACUUGCGCAGGGAUACACUCUCUUGAACCAUUGAAUAACCCGAGCGGUAUUCAAUGGUCAUUGAGUUCUAUCUAUAUAUUU